CUCCUGGCGCUCAGCAGUUCUGCUUUCUCCUCUCUACCCGCGCCGGUGGUCUGGGCAUAAACCUUGCUACAGCCGACACAGUCAUUAUUUAUGAUUCUGACUGGAAUCCCCACAAUGACAUCCAGGCGUUCAGCAGAGCUCACCGCAUUGGGCAGAACAAGAAGGUGAUGAUCUACCGCUUCGUGACCAGAGCUUCUGUGGAAGAGCGCAUCACCCAGGUGGCCAAAAGGAAGAUGAUGCUCACCCACCUGGUCGUCCGCCCGGGGCUCGGCUCCAAGUCGGGCUCCAUGACCAAGCAGGAGCUGGAUGACAUCCUUAAGUUUGGGACAGAAGAGCUCUUCAAGGAUGAUGUGGAAGGCAUGGUGUCUCAGGGACAGCGGAUCGCCAUGCCGGAUGCUGUCACCCCUUUCUCCGACACGCUGUCAACCAAAGGCGGUGCAGUGACUCCCGGCAUGAAAAAGAAGCACGGUGGCACCCCACCAGGUGACAAUAAGGACGUGGAUGACAGCAGCGUGAUCCACUACGACGACGCUGCCAUCUCUAAGCUUCUGGACCGAAACCAGGAUGCGACUGAUGACACGGAGCUGCAGAACAUGAACGAGUAUCUCAGCUCCUUUAAAGUGGCCCAGUAUGUUGUGAGAGAAGAGGAUGGUGUGGAGGAGGUGGAACGUGAGAUCAUCAAGCAAGAGGAGAAUGUGGACCCCGACUACUGGGAGAAGCUGCUGCGGCACCACUAUGAGCAGCAGCAGGAAGAUCUGGCCAGGAACUUGGGGAAAGGGAAGAGGAUCCGCAAGCAGGUCAACUACAACGAUGCCUCACAGGAGGACCAAGAGUGGCAGGACGAGCUCUCUGACAACCAGUCGGAGUACUCCAUUGGCUCUGAGGACGAGGAUGAAGACUUUGAAGAGAGGCCAGAAGGUCAGAGUGGCAGAAGACAAUCCCGGAGGCAGCUGAAGAGUGACCGGGACAAGCCUCUCCCUCCUUUGCUGGCACGAGUUGGGGGGAAUAUCGAGGUUCUCGGCUUCAACGCCCGCCAGCGCAAGGCUUUCCUGAACGCUAUCAUGCGCUGGGGCAUGCCGCCCCAGGACGCCUUCAACUCUCACUGGCUGGUGCGGGAUCUGCGAGGGAAGAGCGAGAAGGAGUUCAGGGCGUACGUGUCUCUCUUCAUGAGACAUUUGUGUGAACCUGGGGCAGACGGUGCCGAAACCUUUGCGGAUGGUGUUCCCCGGGAAGGGCUGUCGCGGCAGCACGUGCUGACUCGCAUAGGAGUCAUGUCGCUAGUAAGGAAGAAGGUCCAGGAGUUCGAGCACGUCAAUGGGAAGUACAGCACCCCAGAUCUGAUUCUCGAGGGCCCGGAGAGCAAGAAGUGCAGCGAGAUUGUGUCUUCAGAUCCCAACACCCCUGUUGCAGCCAGCCCAGCACAUACGCACACAGGACCUGCGGCCCUUGCAGACAAAACAGAAACGCAACUUGGGUUCCAGGAGGAAAAGGACCAAGUGGAGCAGAAGUCCAGGAAGGCAUCCGACAGCCAGGUGCCUGCGAGCGUGGAGAAGGUGGAAAGCGAAGAGCACCCAGAAAGCUGUGACGGCAAAGAGAAACCGAGGGAAGAGAAGCAAGAGGAGAAUGAAAAGGCUGAGCCUUCUCCCGAGCCUCUGGUGAAAGAUGAGGGGGUUCAAGAGAAGGAGAAGCCUUUGGAGAAGCUGGAGUUGAACAGCAGCCCAGGGAAAGGGGAGGACAAAGAAGUCAGAGCAGAGGAUGCCAAGGCGGAGGAGAAGGAGCAAAAUGAGGCGCAGCAGAACGGUGACAAAGAGGAAGAAGAUGAUGGAAAGAAGGAUGACAGAAACAUGAACUUCCGAUUCAUGUUCAACAUUGCUGACGGUGGCUUUACAGAGCUGCACACGCUGUGGCAGAACGAGGAAAGGGCUGCCAUCUCCUCCGGCAAGAUCUACGACAUCUGGCACCGCCGGCACGACUACUGGAUGGGACGCUCCCUCCGCACCAGUCAUGGCUACGCCCGCUGGCAGGACAUCCAGAACGACCCGCGCUACGUGAUUCUGAAUGAGCCGUUCAAGUCAGAGAUACACAAGGGGAACUACCUCGAGAUGAAGAACAAGUUCCUUGCCCGGCGGUUCAAGUUGCUGGAGCAGGCCCUGGUGAUCGAGGAGCAGCUGCGGAGGGCUGCGUACCUCAACAUGACCCAAGACCCCAGUCACCCGGCCAUGGCAUUGAACGCCCGUCUGGCUGAAGUGGAGUGCCUUGCCGAGAGCCACCAGCAUCUCUCCAAAGAGUCCCUGGCUGGGAACAAGCCC